CCAAGGACUGCUACACGUUGCCUCUCCGAAUAGCAAUUUUCAGCAGACAAAACAGAGAGAAAGUAAAAUAUACAAGAAAGAAAGCAGAGAGACAGAGACACAACAAGAUAUCGCUGUCUAAGGCCCUAAGCUGAGCUCAGCCUCGCAUGCCUUAGAGUUGUACUCAUAUUCUCUCUCCCACACUCAAAGUUCUCACAGCACAGACCCAUUUCUCCAAACUCACUGAUAUAUCUUCUGCUCUUCUUCUCUGCAUUUUCGGGGCUCCGAGCCCCGAGUCCCAGGAGAAGUUUGAGAAUGUACUCUGCUAUUCAUUCUCUUCCUAUGGAUGGGAGUAUUUGUGGGCAUGGAGAGUUCAGUGGAUCGUUGGACGGCACGAACCUGCCCGGCGAUGCUUGCUUGGUUCUGACUACGGAUCCAAAGCCCCGGCUGAGGUGGACUGCGGAGCUCCAUGAGAGGUUUGUGGAUGCUGUGACUCAACUUGGUGGCCCUGACAAAGCAACACCGAAGGCCAUUAUGAGAACAAUGGGAGUAAAAGGCCUAACCCUUUAUCACUUGAAAUCUCAUCUUCAGAAAUACCGAUUGGGGAAGCAAUCAUGCAAAGAUUCAGCUGAAAACUCCAAGGAUGGGAUUGCAGCUUCUUGCAUAGCUGAAAGUCAGGACACUGGUUCAUCCUCAGCAACCUCAUCCAGAGUGAUUGCGCAAGAUUUGAAUGAUGGCUACCAGGUUACUGAGGCAUUGCGAGUACAAAUGGAAGUCCAACGGAGACUGCAUGAGCAGCUGGAGGUUCAGCGUCGUCUUCAACUUCGAAUUGAAGCACAGGGCAAGUAUCUUCAGUCAAUACUCGAGAAAGCUUGUAAGGCUCUGAAUGAUCAGGCUGCAUCGGCCGCCGGGCUUGAAGCUGCUAAAGAGGAACUCUCUGAACUAGCUAUUAAGGUUUCUAAUGACUGUGAAGGGAUAACCCCACUUGAUACCAUGAAAAUGCCUUCCUUGUCUGAAAUUGCUGCCGCUUUAGAGAACAGAAAUGCCUCCAAUGUACUGGCUCGGCUUGGCAACUGCUCUGUUGAUAGCUGCUUGGCAUCAACUGGAACCCCUGUUUCUCCAAUGGAUAUGAGUUCACUGGCUGCUGCUAUGAAGAAAAGACAAAGGCCCUUCUUUGGUAAUGGAGACUCGUUGCCCUUGGAGGGUAACAUGAGGCAAGAAGUAGAAUGGAUGAUGAGUAAUAUUGGAUGAAUUUCAAGAUUUUCCUUUAGAAACGGAAAUCCUCUUUUUUUCUUUUCAUUUUCAUUAAAAAAAUUCUUUUCUGCCUAGCUAAUCUGAAAUGUACCAUCCUUUGUAAACUUGUACCAUCAGUGGUCUGUAUAUUCGUAAAGCAGAUUGUUUCCAUGUGGAUUCACAUUCACCUUUAUUUUAUACAUGUUUGCCUGCCUUUUAGGCUUUUACACA